AUGCGGUUGAUAGGAAGCAAAGCCGGCAGAGUGGCAAUAAAAUACUUCGGGAGUGAAGAAUGGAUUAACUUAAGAGAAGUAAAAAAACAGAUUUUGGAGUACGCAAUGAAAAUCAGAAUAAGAAGAGAAACUUUCACGUUCCACAACAACCCCGAAUUUAAUUAUUUAACUCAAGUUCUUGCUGCUACAUUUUUGCGUCAUCUGAAUACAGUGCGGAACGCUCAAAAGCAGCUUCAAUCAUAA